AUGCAACAAUCAAACGCACAUCGUCUACAAGUAGUUCUUCCCGGAGACGCGUUACCGGUCUAUGAGCAUAAACUAAAACUAGGUCCUGGUCUCAUCCAAGACGAAGACCAAAUAAUAGCAGUGAAAGGUGGUGUAUUAAAGCAUCAACCUGCAGGCAAUAAAUACUGGGUUGAGAGUAAUCAACGAAGGUAUGUCGCAGCUACUGGUGACCCCAUCAUUGGUGUGAUAACACAAAAAGGCGGUGAAUUUUUUCGUGUAGAUAUUGGUGCAGCACAUUCCGCUGUUUUGUCUUACUAUGCUUUUGAGAAUGCGACGAAAAGAUAUCGACCGAAUCAUGAUGUAGGUACAUUAAUAUACGCUCGUAUCUCACAAGCUAAUAAAGAUAUGGAACCUGAAUUGGAAUGCGUGAAUCCUGCAACUGGAAGAGCAGAUGGGUAUGGAGAAUUGAAAGGCGGUCAAGUGGCUAAAUGCUCUUUAGGAUUAGCGCGAAGACUACUCGAAACCGAAACCCCAAUUCUAAAAGACUUAGGCGACCAUAUCCCAUUCGAAACCGCGAUUGGUCUGAAUGGUCGCAUUUGGAUCAACGCUGAUACUACCAAAAAUACCAUCGUAGUUAUAAAUGCUAUCAAGGACUCUGAGAAGUAUCCGGAGUCACAGUCUCGGCAGGUGGUUUCGAAUCAUUUAAGUAAAUGGUAG